AUGACGGAUGCCACUUGCUCAAAUAUACCAAAGGAGUUUCUUGGGCCAGUACUUGACCCACCAUAUACGCAUAUGCGUCGUCAACCUGAUGCUUCGACGUUGCUCUUCGUCUUAACGAUCGUCAACAUGAAACCGCCUCCCCGCCUCCUCAAUCCAUCGUUGGAGAAAAAGGAUGACCUCUCUACACGAAUGGCUGAAAUGAGGCGAUUUAUUAAGCUAAUCAUUAAGCCUAGGCCGUCCUUCGAGAUCCCGCCGUCCAUCCCAGACCCGCGUUUCCGGCGCACGAUACCCAGGACGCCAGGACCAACGACGCCCGCUACUCCCGCACGCUCCUCCUCUUACUACGGCUCGCCCCUCUCUGGAUACGGAAGUAACGCAAGAAGGCGUUCGAGUCUGCUCUCAGAAGAUUCACUCAGCCCGAGUUUUGAUGCGUCGCCCACAAGAGCUGCGUUGAGACGAAAGCAAUACGCGCGAGGAAGACCCGGCGUUACUCCACCUGCUGGUCAGACAUGGCCGAACUCUCGUUCGCGGACGCUUCAGCCAGGACGAUCGCGGAGCUAUGGGGAUAGUCCAUCACCGCGCCGACUUGCGCACUCACCACACCCUAAAAAGAUUCCUGCACUAUGUCUAUCUCAGCGAUCUCUAGUAUCAGCUGAAGCUAACACGUCUACGGCUUCGGGCCCAGUUGACCUUUCUCCCAUCACAGAGGGUACGGAGACUUUUGAAGGUGUGCCUACUGAUCUUUCAGCUACAUUCAGCGCUCUGCAUGCCGCAAGCGUGGCUGGACCCUCUGGUGCCGACCUAGCCCAAGCUACAGCAGGUGCAGAUAACGAAGAUCCGUUCGUGGUAACAAAAGGACCCUCGCUUGUCGUCACGCGCGCUACGCCUUCACCGGACCCAUCACCUUCAUCUUCACUCUAUCUCACUCCCUGGAAUGCCGAUGAUAAGCCCAACGAGGACUUUACCGCCGGACAACUUAAUGCGAUCACUCGGCCUUGCGGGGUAAACAAAGUAGCAUCGAACCGAAUGACCGAAGAUCACGACGAUCAUCGGGAACUUCUACAUCCACACACCCCGAAAUUCGCCGCCGUCGACGCGAGCACACAUUGUUCUCAUUCGCCUGCGGCUUCCUCGUCUCCUAUGCGUUUUCGAU